UACACGUAAUUUGAAUAAAACAUAUUUUCAUAAUAAUCAAAAAAACUAUUAAGGCAAGAGAGAGUGGUUAGACUCCCUCUAUGCCAGCAAAAAAAUUCUAACGAUACCAUUUCUAGUACAACAUUGUUGGAAACAAUAAUAGCGAAAAAAUAUAAAAAUGACGAAACCUUAUUUCCAAUUCCAAAACAAUUAAAAAACUUAAAAAUUAACGAUAAACAUAAUGAAAUUGAUAUUAAUAAAAACACUGACAUAGACGAUUAUAAUAUAGAUAGUUUAUUCAAUGAAAAAAAAGUAGCAGUCAUGAGUGACCAUAAUAUUCAUCACAAAUUCGCAAGUAAAAAUUCAGUAACUGUUGAAAAGCAAAAAAAUAAUGACAAUACGAUACAAAAAUGUAUAACGACGUGUAAUCCGACCUCGCUUCCGGCAGCAUUCGAACCAGGUCAAAGACUUGAGGUAGUAGGCAAAAUUGAAAACAUAGAACAUAAUUUUGUAAUAGACACAGGGGCCACUGCGUCUAUAAUUAAUGCUGACAAUUUACCAGUAGGAAUCACUCCAAAGGCAAUCGAUUGCGUAAAGCUAAUUGCGGCAAACGGUUCCGAUUUAGAACUACUUGGUAUUAUUAAUACAGUUGUUGUGUUCGAAAAUAUUAAAUUCCUUAUUAAAUGCAUGGUAGUUAGGAACUUAGUUGGACCUAGUUUAAUAGGUACAGACUUUUUAGAAUUAUAUCAAGCCAAAAUAAAUUUUGUUAAUAAACAGAUAGUUUUAACAGGUGAUAAAGGUUUAGUUGUUUUGGAAUUCGAUCAAAAACGUAGAAUGUUAGAUAAUAUUAAAUUGAAAAUUGAAAAAAUAGUUGAUGAAACUACAUUAAAUAGGGAUACGGAUAAUGACAACAAAAUUGAAAAAAUGAGAAAUUUAAUAUUAAUUCAGCCGACGUUACGUGAAAUUGUUAGAUGUAGUAGUAAGUUGAUUGAGGUCCCGGGAGACGGAUUUUGUGCAAUAUAUGCGUUGACAGUAAUGCUGGCGCACGAAAAUAUUUAUGUAACUGCAGAAACCAUUUCCCAUUUACUUGAUUUAAAUUUACACGAAAAACCAAUUUGGUUAGACGGUGAGGACGUAGCAGCAGUAGCUGAUUUUUAUAAUUUCAAUUUAAUAAUCAUAUGCCCAAAUUACGAAAAUUCUAAAAAAACUGCAGGUUUAGGGUUUUAUAAACCAGGUAGGAAAUUUCUAGUAGUUUUUUUUGAAAAUGAUCAUUGGACACCAGGAUGUUAUGACAAAAAAUAUGAUAAUCCCGACCUAGAAAUGACACAAGUUACUUUUACGCAUGAUUUUCGUUCUCUUCAUACUUCUCGUGCUUUGCUAAGGGAAAGGAAAAUGUUAGAAGCAAUCAAGUUACCCGAAACCGAGGUAAUAAACAAUGAAAACGACUUAAAACGCGCAAAUUGUCCAUUGACCGAAGUUCGCGAAAUAAAACACAUUUUAUUAAAUUCAAACAAUCCAAAUAUUCUUUGCCAAGAUAGAAAUAUAAAACCUUAUAUGGCAUUUCAAAAAGUCGACCAAAAUCUACCUCACGACAGUAAAGAUUAAUACAAGAAAAAAUACAUUUUCGGAUAGAUAUGAGCUAGGGUCCCCACACAAUAUUAAAUGUAAUUAAAAAUAUUAAAAUAUAAAGACAAUUUGCAUGGUCUCUCACAACAUAUUAUUUACCACGUUGUAAAUAAUAUUACUGUCGAGAGACCACCAUAAUAUAUUUCACAACUACUUAAUUUCUUAAUAUUGUUAAGCAAUAUUAACGAAGCUAAGUUAUUUGUAAAAAAAAAUGUGUGUGUUCAUCACUUCAUUUCCUAACGAUAGAUUUUAAUAUAAUAUUAUAGUGUAGGUAUAUAACGUAAUUUUUAACAGUUUGGUAUUUUAGCUGAAUAAAUAUAGGUCAAUGAGUGAACAACAUAAAUAUUAAUUCAGCACAAUUUCAUUCAUGGGCAUAUAUUAUAAUAUUAUUAAUAUUAUAAGUAAGGAUAUAUAUAUAGCGUAUACAUUAGCGAAUGAUAUUAUAAUAACACACCUAGAGCGUGACUACGACAGUCAAUGAACAAUGUGUCAUAACUAUCGUUUUUAAAAUUGUAAUUUAAUAUUUAACAUUAAUAAUAUUUAAUCGGCAAUCUUUAUACUAUAUUAUAAUUAAUCAUUUCGUUUUAAUUUAAUAAAUUGUAAAAUGUUCGCAAUAGUUACAGUUGUUCUAGCAUUAAGCGUGAUAAUACCAGAUACGUUGCAAACAGAAGAGACAAUUAUCGACAACUACCAAGGACAUGGAUCGGGUAUUUAUUAUGAACCAAUUUAUAAAAUGAGAGUAUAUUCGAGUGAAUUUAUCUUACUAACACAUGUAAAUAUUUCCGUUUUUGUCGAGAAAUUUUGAAAAAAAUACAUUUUUAAUGUAAAAAUACUGCGUUAUUGAAUUAACAACCAAUCCAAGUUUAGCCAAAAAUUGGUGCUCUACUGUUGAGUUUAUUUAUAGUUAACUAGUACAGUUUUGAUUAAUAAAAAUUAUGUACUAAAUUAUGUAAUUAGGUUUUGUACUAGUUAAAACACUAGACAUAACUUGGUAUAUAUUUAACAUUUUCACUUGGUCGUUUUUUUCUAUAGUUAUUGGAGGACUAUGGUAACUAUUUGGCCAUAUUAUUUCACUUGGUCAUUUUUUGCACUUAGACACUUUUUGCACGACGGCGACGAUAUAUUAUUAAUAUUAUUAUAUACGCAUGACCAUUGCCUUGGUGGCUUGGUGUUUGUAUACCUAAAAAAAUCAUGUUUCACAGUCCAAGCAAGAAAAUACAGUCGGAGGAGGUUGGAGUACCGUUAUUCUUUGCUACUGGAUGAACAAUGAACAUGAAAUCAGAAAAUACAACACUACCACUAACACAGCUACCGUUGCUUGACUUCCCAAAUCUGGGGUCCAGAUUUAAAUGGACAAGGGGUACAUGUAACAAUUAUCGUCAUCGACAUCGUACAUUACUCCCUACGUUGAGCACGGCUAAUAUGCUGAGUCUCACAUCGUGUAAAUACCGACCUGGACGCCUGGCGGGGGUCAGUGAUGAUAGAGUCGACAGUGAGGUAGUCGAUAGAAUGGAGUCGGCGGUUGAUAGUUGGAUUGUCAAGAAUGAAGAGACAGUGAGGUGGUCGAUAGUGGAACUCGAGGGCUGACAACGACCUGAAGAGGACCUGCGGACGACCAGCUCAACCCACAUUUGGACAUCGGCACCCACGACACACCAUGGCCCGAUCGGUAGCCCGGAGUUAUAAUUUAUAAGUAUAUUUCA